AAGUCAAACCGAUGAUUUAAAUAUUCUUCGUGCCGAUGUAAUGCAGUCUUUUCAUUUUUAUUGUAUUCGUCUCAGUGAUGCAAAGUAUCACAAUGAGGUGAUGGAAACGGGAAAACGUUUGUUAAUCGAAAAUUGCUACCCUCCAUCUCUUAUUAACCAAGAGUUUCACAAGGUUUUAACAUCGAGUAAAAGGAAACAAACUGUGCCUCCCAAACAACGAAAUCUGGAUUUUGGGAAGUUAAUUUCUUUGCCAUAUGUACCAUUUUUAUCUGAAGUAUUUGCUGGGAUUUUAAAAUCUUAUGGUUUCUCUGUGGUUCAUAAGCUGUAUAAUAAUUUAAAUUUUCUUUUGUCUAAAUUAAAAUCUAAGCUUAAGGAUGAACAGGUACCGGGAGUAGUCUACCAUAUCAAGUGCCAGGACUGCGAAAUUGGGUACAUUGGUCAGACGAAGCGGGUACUUAAAAAGCGGCCGAAUUCUCAUCGAUACAAUAAAAAUGGAAAGACUGCAUUACAUCGGCACGAAGAAAAUUUAAAUCAUCGGUUUGACUUCGAAGGGGCUAGGAUUUUGGCCACUGAGAAGCACGAUUUUUUGCGGUGUCUCUUAGAAAUGGUCCACAUCCUCAAGAUGAGGGACCAAGUUUGUAAUGCCCGCGCUGACGUCGAUAAGCUUAGCUUUGCCUAUCAUCAGAGCUUUUUACCAAAGAGUGCUGAUUGAUAGGUGGUAUAAUCUUUGUAAGUCCUUUUCUUCAAUUGGAAUUAUGCAGUGCGGUGUUGCUUGCUGAACUAGUGUAUCGUAUUUUAAGGAUAUUAGAUGUAAAUAUAAAUUAUGUAUUGAUGUGGUCUGACAGCAACAUUUGCGCUAAGUUGGAUUAAAAAUGUUAACACAAAUACAGACGGAUUUAUAUCCUGUAGAGUUGAACUGAUGAGAAAAUACCUAUGUACUGACAACUGGGGUUACAUACCCUCAGCUGAGAACCCUGCUGAUCUUCUUACUAGAGGAUUCAAUGCUAAAAAACUGGGAGAAUCCCCUUUAUGGUGGUUUGGUCCUCCAUGCAUUAGAAGUGCUGAAGCUGUUUCCAAUGCUGCACCUAGGAUAUUCGUAGAGCCACAAAACGUUGAUAUUGUUUGUUUGAGUGCGGUUAAUUGUGAGCCAAUGUUUUUAUUUUUGAGAUAUUCAAGUUUUAAUAAGUUACUACGUGUAACCUCGUACUGUCUUAGAUUUAUUGAAAAUUUGAAGCAGAACUUACAAAGGAGUAAUAAAAGAACUGGGCACUUAACUUGUGAGGAGUUAAAUAAUGCUAAAUUAAGAUCGUGUAACCUAACAAAAUAGCUGUUAAUUUAUUGUAUAUUGUUGUAUUUAUAUGCUUCGCUACAAAAGCUGUUCAUUUGGAGAUAACAUUUAAUCUAACUACAUACUCAUUCCUAUUAGCACUUCAAAGAUUUGUAUCUAGACGCGGAAUUCCUCUAACAAUAUAUUCGGAUCAAGCAAAAACGUUUAUUGGUGCUAGAAAUAAUCUUAGGCAACCCCUGUUGUUUGAAAAUAACCUUCCAGCUGAAAUUUUAAAUUACUUGCAAGAGAAACAGGUUGAAUGGAAGUUCAUCCCUAGUUACUCUCCUAAUUUUGGUGGUUUAUGAGAGAGUUGUGUCAAAAGUUUUAAACAUCAUUUUUCCAAAACUGUAACAACAAACGUACUUCAUUUCGAAGAAUUCUCAACAAUCCUUAACAAAAUCGAAGCAAUCCUGAAUUCUAGACCUCUUUGGCCAAUGUCAAACGAUCCUUAUGACCUCUCUCCACUAACUCCUGGACACUUCUUGAUUGGUUCUGCAAUGACCAAUAUAUUAAAUACUAAAGCAGAAUAUCCAACUUCGCCGGUCACAAAUUGGAAGUUAAUUAAAAAAUUAUAUGAAAAAUUUUGGAAACGUUGGUCAAUGGAAUAUUUGCAUCAGCAGCAACAAAGAUGUAAAUGGGUAAAACAAACCAAUAUUAGGGUCAAUACAUUAGUGAUAUUAAAAGAUAAGUUCUUGCCUCCUCUGCUUUGGAGAAUGGGCAGAAUUAUAAAGCUUCACCCAGGUAAUGACAACAUACCUAGAGUAGCAUCAAUCAAGACCAGCUCUGGCACUUUGAUACGUAGCAUCUCUGAAAUUUGCCCUGUCCUUGACCCGGCAUAGCCCGCCCGGGGGUGGCACCCUGUACGAUUUUGUCUGUAUCAUGUAUAUAUCUCUUGUAUGUAUCUAUGGUUACGCACCACCACUUGUCCUUCUGAUCCUCUCUCACGUUCAUACACGCUUAUCUGUUCCCGAUAGAUUUGUCCUUAUUUCCUUUCCUUUCCCCCUUUUCCCUACACGGCCCAACCUGGAUUUCGCUAAAUGUUUCAUAAUUUCAAAGUACUAGUCCUAGGUAGACUUUAUGCCAAAUAUUUUACCGAACUGAGUCCGUGCGAAGGUGCAGCAGCGCCUCCAACCCUUAAUCCCGGCAUUGAAAAAUAAUUAUUUUUGUUGACUUUUUCAUCAGUUUUAUUCUUUUAGCAAGAGUUAUUUGCACGUAGAAUUCAAUUUAAACUAUAAACCGAGUACCUACGUGUUUGGAAAGAACGCAAAAAAAGGAAGAAAAAACAUUCAGUGAAAAUUUUCUCCACGUUGCCGAAUUUUCGAGGAAAAUCUUUCCCAAGAGCCCAAAAUGGCAAAAAUUUGAUAAAUCACGCCUAAGGUUCAAGAAAGUGGGGUAGGACUUUUAUAUUGACGUAUGUAACAGCUCUCACCCAUAUUUACAACAUAUCUAAAAAGUGUAGUUGUACCUGGAUUUUCACGAUGUGAAAAUUGACUGGGAUGUAGUGUUUAGCGGCCUUUUUUUACUUGAGAGUAGCUCUUUUGAAUAUUUUUUGACCUUAGACACCUUCCGUGGGAGUGCACCACGGGUAUUUCUCUGCGUGCAUUUCAUUUCUGGCCAUACAAAGAGCUUUCAGUGAAUUUUAAAAAGCCUAACGGUCCAUCGUUGCCAAUUUCAAGGGUUAUUUCAAGUUUACUUGUGAAACUUAAUUUAAUCUAAAAUCAGUGUACUUUUUCGGAAAGAACGUAAAAAAUACGUGCAUAAUGUGCUCCGUAACUUUUCCCUUUGUUGCAAAAUUUUUGAGAUGUCGAAAAUGUCACCAAACUAAAAAUUGAAGAAAAAAAGAGAUUUAGCGCUAAACGUUUGGCUUGGAGGUUUGAACUUGACUGAUCGUGUAACUAGAAGGGAUGAAAAAGAUUUUUGGCACUCAGUUGAAGCACUAGCGACCCUGGGGUUGCAGCAGUGCUAACGUAAAAUUACUAAAUCUCCAGAAAUUUCUGAAAGUAAAUUUUUCCUUUUAAAUAGAUAAGUGUUACAUAUUACAUAGUACACUAGUACAGUGCACAGAGGGCAGCACUUUUGCCUCCCACUUUGUGAAGGAGGUGGACUUCUAGUCAACCACUGAAUAUAGGUAUGCGAGUCUACGCUCUAGCAUCAUCGCUGGCUGAUAUCUUUCUUUUUCCCCAUUUCCACUUUUUCUAGUUUUGCAACAAUAAGAUAUUUUGUAGUGUGGAAAUAAAAAUUACAAACAUCAGUAAAUAGCCUAUAAUUAGCAACUCAAAAUCGCAUUUCAAACCUAAUGGAGAUAUUCAGGACUUGAAAAUUUUCAAACAGGCAAUAGAUACAGAAUUUUAAAACUUCCAUUUUCCCCCAAUCAUUCUACUUUCUGAGAAUAUCAAUCCUGCCAUACUUAGGUAUAGCUGCAGUCUCAUUUGAAUUCUUAUCACUGCCAGUCAGAUAAACUAAAUGGAAAGGUACUCAAUGUUGAGAUAAGGUCAUAAGAGCAUCAUUCACCCUCAUGUUGAUAACAGCAGAGAAACUUGUUCAGAGAUGAAACGGCUAGCACUCUGGGUUGCAUAGUUCAAGUUCCAUAAGACUACCUACCUCAAUUAUUUCUGUAACACACUCUUAACUUGAAACUGGAUCCGUACCUACCCAUGUCUUAGUCUUGCCAUUUUCAAUACACCAUGUGACUAACAUCAAAGAAAUAUAUAGUAGCUCGUAUUUUUUCGUUGAUUGAAAUGUAAAAAAAAAAUUAGAUUUUCUUGCUGCUGUGCAAUCAACUACAAAAAAAUUACAGACAAUCUCAGCCAAUGCGUAUUUUUGUGACAGGGACGGACACUGAUGUUGGUAAGACAACUAUCUGUAGCUGGCUUUGCCUUCAUUCUGGUUACGCAUACUUCAAGCCUAUUCAAACUGGAAGUGUGCAAGGAACGGACAGCAACCAAGUGAGUAAUUUGACAAACACGCUAAUAUACAAGGAAGCUUUCAUGUUCAAAGAACCGUUAUCACCUCAUGUAGCUGCAAAUCUAGAGAACAGUGAUAUAGACAUUGGUCAAAUUGACUUGCCAAAAGAGGAAAACAUAAUUAUAGAGGGUGCUGGAGGUAUCUUGGUACCAAUUAACAAAAGUACAUUAAUGGUGGAUUUAAUCAAAUUACUUGGAGUUGCAACAAUAUUGGUUGCAAGAAGUACACUUGGUACUAUCAAUCACACUCUACUGAGUUUAGAGGCCCUUAGAAGAAGGGAUAUCCCUAUCUUGGGAGUAAUUCUUAAUGGGCCAGAAAACAAAGAGAAUCUUCAGGCGAUAGAAUUUUACGGAGGAGUGAAAGUGCUGGCAACAGUGCCUCAGUUAAAGCAAGUUGAUAAAGAAGCAUUGUUGAAAGUGCCUUUGUCAAUUCACCUGCGAGAAAUGCUUGCAAUGAAUGAAGAUGAAUCUAGCAGAGCGAGAUAGAAAUAUCCUGUGGCACCCAUUUACUCAAGGAAAAACAGCUCCGAUACCAAUUGCUGUCAAGAGAGCUGAGGGGUCAUAUAUUUAUGAUGUGGAUGAUGGGGCAUACUUGGAUUUAAUUUCUAGCUGCACGGUCAUGCUCAUCCUUAAAUAGCAGGAGCAAUUUAUGAACAAAGUCUGCGUUUAGAACAUGUAAUAUUCGCAGGAUUCACACCCAGGAUGAGCCAGCAGUGACGCUUUGUGAAAAAUUGAAAGCAUUGCUCCCACAAAAAUUGAGUAAAUUUUUCUUCUCUGAUAACGGUUCUACAGCUGUUGAAGUUGCAUUGAAAAUUUCCCAUCAGUACUGGUGGAAUAAAGGUGAAAGAGAUAAAACUGUUUUCCUCAGUUUUGAAGGAGCAUAUCAUGGAGACACAUUUGGAGCAAUGAGUGUAGGAGUCACGUCUGGAUUUCAUGAUCUGUUCUCCAGAUUAUUCUUUUCUGUUCUUACGAUACCUUUUCCGGAAACUUGGAUUGGUGAUGAUCAAGUGGAAAAUAAAGAAAUACAUGCACUUCGGAUUUUAGAGCGUCACUUGCAAGCUGAUGCUCAUAAAAUUGCUGCACUAAUUUUGGAGCCAUUGGUUCAAGGGGCAAGUGGUAUGAGGAUGUGUCGUCCAGAAUUUGUUUCCAGAGCUGUUAAUCUCACGCGCCAGUAUGGCAUUUUGAUUAUAUUCGAUGAAAUCAAGUCAGGAUUCGGUCGUACAGGAUCUUGUUUUGCUUUGGAGCAGGUGAACUUUGUUCCUGAUUUUCUUUGUAUAUCCAAAGGAUUGACGGGAGGAUUCUUACCAUUAGCAGUUACCGCCACUACUGACCGGAUCUAUGAUGCAUUUCUAAGUGAACACUUUACUAAAGCGUUUGCUCAUGGCCACUCCUAUACUGCUAAUCCUCUAGGCUGUGCUGCAGGGAUUGCAUCUCUGGAGUUGUUGACGCAACCUGGCAUAAUGGCUAAGUUAAACAGAAUUCACAUGACUCAUAAAACAGAGCUGGAAAAACUCUCCAUAGCUUUUAUUGAUAUUCAUCAUAUACGAGUCACUGGAACGAUUGCUGCCUUUGAUACUCCCUAUGCUCAGGUACUCAAGCCAAAAUUUUUAGAGAAAGGACUUUUACUCAGACCUUUGGGAAAUACGAUUUACUUUCUUCCGCCAUACCGUAUCAGUGACUUAGAACUUGAAGAAGCUUACAAAACUAUAGGUAGCAGAAAUUAUCAAAUCUUUAUGAGGUACCUUCAGUCAAGGAUGUGAAUUGAAAUAUGAUUAAUCUGGAAUGGGAAUAUUUACUUACUUCCUUGACUCUAGCCUGGAACCUAGAAGUAACCCUGAACUUUUUUAGUUCCAUUAAUUUUCGUGAGUAACUGUGUACAUGCGUGGGUGUAAGUUGAAUGAAUGUUCACUUUACUGGUUGCACUUAUAAUUCUUUAUUGUACUUUUUAAGUGCUAAAAGCAUAUUUUAAAUUUUCAACGAGUCACAAAGCUAUAGAUACAGAGUGAAAAUUAACAUACAUUUUUAAUAUUAUGUACUUGUUAAUUGACUCAUUCUUAUUGCUGAGACGAUGGUGGAUGUAUUUUAUUCAUCAAAUACAGAAAAUAAAUUUCUUUAAGAUACGGAA